UUUCCGUUGAGCAGUUUUGAAGACAGGAUUGUGUGUAAUUUAAGCUGCGCUAUUUUGAUUAGUAUUUGAACUUAGAGAAAUAUUGAUUCGUGGGGUUCCAGCGAUGAAGAACUUGGAUUCGAAGAGUCGGGCGUUGGUGUUGGUUUUUGGCACACUUUUCGCUUUGCCUUUGGCCGUUGGAUCAGUGCCGUACAACAUAUGGGGUCUGGACCAGAACUCAUUUCAGCUGUUGAGCACUGUGGUGGAGAACCAGAUCACUAUUGGAGACAUGAUCAACUUCCGCUUCACUCUGGAGGCCAAAGAAGACAUCGUUGAUGAUAUCCUGAUCGUGGAGAUGUCUGCCUCGUACAAUGGCUACAGCAGCCUCCUCUUCUGCGGAUUGCCAACAGUCCACACUUCUGAUGACACUAUGAAGUACAGCAGAUUUGGGUCCACGUACGACACUGUAUUCGAGGGCAUCUCAUACGAUUCGUACGUUUUCGACUUCGGGAGCCUUUCGGCCAAGAGUGGCGACACGAUCGCGUUCGACUUCGAGAUGCUGGUGGCGGACAACCAGCUCUACGAGGAGGGGGCUCAGUACUGGAUGGGGGUGGGGGUUGAGUUCAACCACUCAGAGUCCAUCUGGGUCAAUGACAUCGCCUUCUACCUCGCCCCAAAGCCGGUCAGUCUCCUCCAGAAACCCCUCCCCCAUGUCGGUGGUCAAAGGGGGCUCUCGGACAUGACUCUCCCGUUCGGGUGGCUUCGCAACGACUGUUCCUCUGAAUUUAGGUUGAGCAGAAAAUCCAUAAAAUCUCUCAAGAACUUGAUUUGAACUGAAUAAAUAUUAUAUAAUUAGCUCUUCUA